UUUCUUCUUUGACGUGUUUUGACAUGGGCCACAAAUAAUUAAGAAGAGCAGACAUUGCACUCACACAACUGGGUAGCUACUUAUAGCUGUGGCCUGUGCGCAGUAAGACAUAGCCAUGGAUAUGAAAACAAAAGAAGGUGAGGGUUUUGGAGAUGAGUUAGAGAUGGGAGUAAUGGGAUCGAAUCAUGAAAAAAUGAAAGCUUUGGUGUGGGAAGAUGUAUCAGUGAUGGUGAAUCAAUCCUACUGGAGCAUGAUGAGAGGAUCAUCAGCAAACAAGAAUAAGUUGCUGCACGGGCUAAGUGGGUAUGCCUUGCCUGGUCGGGUUAUGGCGAUUAUGGGUCCUUCUGGCUCUGGCAAAUCUACCUUGCUUGAUGCAUUAUCUGGAAGGCUUCCAUCCAAUGUAAUCAUGACAGGAAAUGUUUUGCUCAAUGGGAAGAAGAGAAGCAUCGGCUGCACAAAUAUUUCUUAUGUUACUCAAGAAGAUCAUCUUUUGGGAACUCUUACUGUCAGAGAAACACUAGCUUACUCAGCUCACUUGAGGCUUGGUUCUCGGAUGACAAAGGAAGAAAUCGAUGCAGUGGUAGAAGAAACAAUGAAGGAGAUGGGACUGCAAGACUGUGCAAAUAGCAAAAUUGGGAACUGGCAUCUGAGAGGAAUAAGUGGGGGGGAAAAAAGAAGAGUCAGCAUCAGCCUUGAGAUGUUAACACAGCCGCAUGUUAUGUUUCUUGAUGAACCAACUUCGGGUCUUGACAGUGCUUCUGCUUACUUUGUUCUUGAAGCUCUAAAAAAUAUUGCUCUGGAUGAGAGAAUAGUUGUCUGUUCUGUUCACCAGCCAAGUAGUUUCACCUUUGAUUUGUUUGAUGACCUGUGCCUGCUUUCAAGUGGCGAAACCGUUUACUUUGGAGACGCAAAGACAGCUCUAAAGUUCUUUGCUGAGGCUGGAUUUCCUUGUCCAACAAGAAAAAACCCUGCUGAUCAUUUUCUUCGGUGUAUCAAUACAGACUUCGACAAGAUCUCUGCAAUUAGAUUACGAACACAAAGAGAUUUGGGAUCUCCGGAGUCUUCGAGUUCUCAUAUCAAUUUGAAUAUAGAAGACAUCAAAGCCAUACUCAUCGAAAAAUACAAGAAUUCUGAAUAUCCAAUAAGUACAAGAAAAAGGGUCCGGGAGAUUGCACUAGUUAAUGAUGAGCCUAUGAGUGAUUUAAAGAUGAAAAACAGCAGUUGGGGGAAGCAGCUCUGCACAUUGACUAGUCGAUCAUUCGUGAACAUUACAAGAGAUGUGAGGUAUUACUGGAUAAGGAUAUUGUUCUGUGUUAUUGUUGCAUCUGGUGCUGGAAUUAUGUUCUUUGAUAUUGGCUUAUCACUCCCAUCAAUCUUGACAAGAUCUAAAUGCUACACCUUUUUUUACGACAUCAUGCUUGUCUUGUGUGUUGGAGGCUUACCCUCUAUCACUGAUGAAUGGAAGGUAUUACACUAUGAAAGAUUAAAUGGGCAUUACGGAGAAGGUGUGUUUGUGAUGUCGAACUUCCUCGCAACGUUCCCUUUCAUGGCGAUCACCGCUGUGUCAUCCGGAAGUAUAAUAUAUUUCAUGGUGAAAUUUCAUAUGGGAAUUUCCAUCCUUUGCCAUUUCUGUGUCAACACCUUCUGCUGUAUUUGUAUUAUGGAGAGCAUUGCAAUGAUUGUGGCAUUUCUUUUACCUAAUUUUUUGAUGGGUGUAGGAGCUUCAGCUGGUGUAAUUGUCUUUUUGACUAUCCCAGCUGGACUCUAUAGGCAACUGUCUUAUCUUCCCAAGUUCUUCUGGCGCUACCCAAUGAGCUAUAUCAGUUUUACCACCUGGUCUGUGCAGGGUCAAUUCAAAAAUGACAUGAUCGGACUGGAGUUCGACCCCAUGGUGCCGGGGGACUCGAAGCUCAGAGGAGAGGAAGUUCUCCAGAAGUAUUAUGGUAUUGAUUUAAAGUGGUCGAAGUGGUGGGAUUUGGGUGCUGUUUUGUUCUUAUCGUUGUGUCACAGGGUUUUCUUCUUUAUGGUACUGAAAUACAAGGAAAAAGUACGAUUCCUACUAAGCAGACACAACUCAACAGAAACUAUCAAACACUUGGCACAAAAGCCUUCAUCGUUUAGAAGGGAUUUGCAUAAUAGCUUCUCUAAGAGACACCAACCCCUUCAUUCAUUGUCUUCUCAAGAAGGUCUGUCAUCACCAUUGCCUUAGCAGUGUAUAUAUAUAUAUAUAUAUAUAUAUAUAUUAUUAUACAGAUGUUCUUAUAUUUUACAUUUAGCAGAUGAACUAAAUAGCAACUAAAUGAGCUGAGAGACAAAGUCUGUUUGGUUUGCUUGUAUUGUAUCUAAAAAAACUUAAUCAGAAUAGUUAUUUUAAUGAUUGA